AUGCAGUCCACCACCAACGACAAGAGCGAGGCCUUCGCUCGUAAGCUUUCCAACUUGCGCCUCAAGAUCAUGCCAAUCUACCCCAUGCCUAGCGGUCCGCCCCACAAGGACUUUCCGCAGACGAUGCUGCAGUUCUACCUUCUCACAGAGGAGCAGCUCGACUCCAUGGCCGCCUACUACUCCCAGAGCAUCGUCAAUGAGUGGACCAGCCAGUAUCCCAGCGUCAUGGCCUGGGAUGCUGAUUUCUUUGCCGAUCCUGCUCUGCCUGAAGCUGAGCGCAUCAAGAGCAAGCUCCGCAAGUUCGGCAAGUUCAUCGGCCUGCGUGGCUGCGACACGCCCAUUGAGGAGACUGCAAUGCAGAUCAGAUUUGCAGAAGCCCGUAUCACGCGAGAGAUUGAGCAGGCCAAGGAGGCGAAGCGUGCUCUUGACAAGACCUGGGGGCGCUGGUACGGCGUCUAG